UCCGGGUGCCAUAGCCACGAUCAUCCCAGAGCAACACGCAAGAGCAGCGACAUGAUUAGGAAAUUGUAAAGAAACAGUGAUAAAUUAAAACUCCAAUAAUAGGCUAAUAACUUGGGCCAAUACAUCUGGAAUGUCAAUCAGUGUACCUUGCUGGGAGGGUUUUCCCGCGAUCGUGUAGGUUUAGAGACGUCAUGAUGAUGCUCACUCUUAUUGGUUAAGGGACUGCCAUUUUCUGAAUUAGCAUAAAGGACGCAACUGGAAAAGGAUCCACUUGGGGGUAAGCUGGUGAUGCGUCACAGCCCUUGGUAAAAGAGAGAGAAAAAAAAUCAAAAUAUCGACAAUCCUGCGAAUCAAUGCGUGCCAAUGGCAACGAAACCAUUCGUGAUCUCAAAACGGAACACAAACGUGCUACAGGUGAUUCGAGGCAUGAGCAUUGGAAUCGAAGAUAUCCGGGGUCCCAAGUUCCAUAAACAACUUAUACAAACGUUCCAUAGAAACUUGACAUGGAGUAUUCGCGGUUGAAGUCCUACACCGUGUAGAGAAGAGCACAAUAUUUCACCGCAUCACUUCUCGAGACCAUGAAACAGCACCGAAUGUGAGCGCGAGGGAGUGAAACAAGAACAAGUUGAGGCUGAGAAAUCCACCAACCGCGGAAGAAGCCAGCAGCCUCGCGCGCUGUCAGAAAAUCACAAGGAGAAAAGUUCUAAGCCUGCUGCGCCUUUUUCUUUCGCAUUGCGUAAGUGAACUAAAAAACAGCUACAUAAAUGUACAGGGACAGUAUUAUCUGUCUUGCUGAGAUAUCAGAAUAGCAGCAGAGAGCAGAGGAAAAUAAAACAACAACUGCUGUUUUGUAUUGACAACAACAAUAAUAGCAGAUCAUCAUGGAUACAGGGGGGUCCUCCGGGCUGGCCAAAUCAGCCGCUGUAAAACUGUCCGAGAUGGGAGAAAGAACGAAACAGUUUGGCAACGCAAUGAAAGCCCCGGACCAUCAAAGACGGAUCAUUUUAGUGAUCGUCUGCGUGGCUCUUCUUCUAGACAAUAUGCUCUAUAUGGUUAUAGUCCCGAUUAUUCCCGACUACCUUGCUGAUUUAGAGCUUGAGCAAGCAGAGCACGUCCACGUAGUUAUACAUCCUAAUUCUUCAAUCAACAGCACAAUGAGCUCAGCCCAAGCUAAAAGCAACAGGGACAAUUUAGACGUCCAAAUAGGAGUACUUUUUGCGUCCAAGGCUAUCUUGCAGCUCUUGGUGAACCCUUUGUCAGGAACUUUCAUAGACCGCGUUGGAUACGACAUUCCACUCCUGAUAGGACUAACCGUCAUGUUCUUUUCCACAUGUAUAUUUGCUUUCGCUGAGAACUACGCGACGCUAUUUUUUGCACGUAGUUUGCAAGGUCUGGGCUCAGCUUUCGCCGACACCUCAGGAAUUGCCAUGAUAGCAGAUAAAUACACCGAAGAAUCGGAGAGAAGUAAAGCCCUUGGUAUCGCCCUGGCGUUCAUCUCUUUCGGUAGCCUGGUAGCACCUCCCUUCGGGGGUAUCCUGUACGAGUUUGCCGGUAAACGAGUACCGUUUAUCGUUCUCGCCGUUGUUUGCCUUAUAGACGGGAUUCUGCUCUUGACCGUGAUCAAGCCGUUCUCGAACAGGACUAGAGACAAUAUGCCGGUGGGUACCCCCAUCUACAAACUAAUGGUUGACCCCUACAUAGCUGUCGUGGCAGGUGCCCUAACAGUGUGCAAUAUCCCCCUGGCCUUUCUGGAGCCCACCAUAGCCAACUGGAUGGAGAGCACCAUGCAUUCAACUAAGUGGGAAAUGGGAUUAUGUUGGCUACCUGCUUUCUUUCCACAUGUUCUGGGUGUCUACAUGACCGUCAAACUGGCUUCUAAGUACCCCAACCUGCAGUGGUUCUAUGGAGCCUUGGGCAUGGUCAUUAUCGGGGCCAGCUCAUGCACCGUCCCAGCAUGCAAAACAUUCGGCCAGUUAAUCGCCCCGUUAUGCGGCAUAUGUUUCGGCAUUGCUCUCGUGGACACUGCCCUGUUGCCAACACUUGCCUUUCUGGUCGACGUGCGUCAUGUGUCCGUGUACGGCAGCGUCUACGCUUUAGCUGACAUCUCCUAUUCUGUCGCGUAUGCCAUGGGUCCUAUCGUGGCGGGGAAUAUAGUGCACAACUAUGGGUUUGUCCAACUCAACCUGGGCAUGGGCCUCGUCAAUGUCCUGUACGCACCGGCGCUUCUGCUGCUCCGUAAUGUGUGCCAAAUGAAGCCGUCCUACUCCGAGAGAGAUAACCUGUUGGUGGACGAUGAUGAACCCGAGGGUCUGUAUGAUACCAUGAAGAUGGAGGAGCGGAAAGGCAAGAAGAAGGGUUAUAGUUCGGCAGGGAACUGUUUGCCUGUGGUGGUGGUGGAUGAGAAUGGAGGGUUUGACCCGUUUAGAGCACAAACACGUGCCUCUUCAGAGGAAUCCUUUGGUCCAGAGUACAGUUAGAAUACUCAGAGUACAGCUAGAAUACUGUAUCGCAACAUAGAACUACACCUAGAAUGGAGUACAACUUAGAACGUCCCCGAAUACACUGAGAGUUCGAGAGAUAGGACUUAUGGACCUGCCAAAAGAGGGUAGACAAUCACUUCACUCUGUAAUAUACUCAUGUGCAAUAUAGAAAUACCCAAUCACCCAAUCAUACUUGUGUGACCCGUUUCAGAAGGUUAUUUAAUUUCAUCGUAAUUGAACAAGUCUUCUCUGUAUGUAUUGUUUCUUAUGGUCGUCUAAAUGGAGUACUAUUGUGAGAGGUCUAUCAAAUACAGUUGACUAUGUGUGCAUUACUACUGCAGAGUAUUGUAAAAAAGUAAAUAGAUAAAUGUAUGUACAAGAUUAUAUUGAUAUUAUAAAUACACGUCCAACUGCCAACGCAUCAACUAGCCUUUUGUGCAAAAAACAACAACUCCUUUUUAGUACUGGUAACCAUUGAUUUUCUUUCUUAAUUUCGUUGACAUAUUGACUAUCAUUUGUAUUUUGCUUUUGUUUUGUUUUGUUUUCCUUUUCCAUAUCUAAUAUCGAAACGUUGCCUAAUUGUGACCUCUGUAUUUUUGUCAUUUCUUUUUGUGAUGUUUUUGUUUUUCUUCGUGAAAUGUAGUGUAUUAUAAACAAAUGCGUGUUGUACAUAUGUGGAUAUUUACAUAGUAAAUGAUUCAAUUGUAUUUGGGCCUAUGCAUAUUUGAGUGUGUGCGUGAUGUAUGCGUGUAUGUUGAAACGGUGUAUUGUCAAAACGUAAUGAAGUGAUUAUCCGUCAUAGCUCAUUAACAACUUCCUAAAUUGAGCACAUAUAUGUUAAUAUAUCGAUAAUAGUUAUAAUAAAAUUGUAU